GAACUGUUUGAUACAGAAGCAGUGAGAAGAACAGAGAGCACUGCGGCAGUGGUCAGCGCGGGGAACACCGCCGGCACCACCACAAAUGGCUACAAAUCACCAUUUCAAAAGACCUUACCAGCCGCUCUCUUCUUCCUCCACCAGCUACUUCUAUAUCUUCGUCUCUAUCAUCGGCCUCACUGUUCUUUUGCUCGUCUUCUCUCACUACAUCACCUCUUACUCUACGUCGCCGAUACGCCUUGAAUUGAUUAAACCGAUCAAGCAAUACGUGCCCGUAAACAACGACAACAAUGGAGCAGAAUCAGCAGCCUGUGAUUACUCAGAGGGCAAGUGGUUCUACGAUCCGACGGCCAGACCUCCACGAUACGACGAGACGUGUAAGGAGAUAUAUAAAGGCUGGAAUUGCAUAGCUGGUAAUAGAUCUGGUGCGGCGGAGAUUGUUAAGUGGCGUUGGCAGCCUAAUCACUGUGCACUUACACCGUUUGAUCCACUUCGGUUUCUCGAAUCCCAUAGGGACAUCAGUAUCGGGUUUGUUGGUGACUCCUUAAAUAGGAACAUGUUUGUUUCUCUCUUCUGUUCUCUGAGACGUGUUGCUGGGGAGAUAAAGAAGUGGCGUCCUGCUGGAGCCGAUCGUGGAUUUACGUUUUUGAAGUAUAACUUCACGAUAGCAUAUCACCGAACAAAUCUGUUAGCACGUUAUGGUAGGUGGUCAGCCAAUGCUAAGGGUGGUGUGCUGGAAUCUCUUGGGUACAAAGAGGGUUAUCGAGUUGAUGUGGAUGUACCUGAAGGAACAUGGGCAGAGGCUCCAAGUUUUCAUAAUAUUCUCAUCUAUAACACUGGGCACUGGUGGUGGGCCCCUUCCAAGUUCGAUCCUGUAAAAUCACCUAUGCUUUUCCAUGAAAAGGGUCAGCCUCUGGUACCCCCUUUAUCCCCUGAAACCGGCCUUGAUGUAGUCUUAAGGCGCAUGAUAUCAUAUGUGGAAGAAAAGGCAAGACCAGGAACAGUUCUAUUUUUUCGCACUCAAUCUCCUCGCCAUUUUGAAGGUGGCGACUGGGACCAAGGUGGUUCCUGUGCCCAUUUGCAGCCAUUAUCACUAGAAGAGGUUGAACAGUUCUUUUCUGUGGAGAACAAUGGAACGAAUGUGGAAGUGCGGCUUGUGAACGAGCACUUAUAUGAAGCCAUCAAGGGUUCUGCUUUCCGCUUACUGGAUGUGACACGUAUGAGUGAGUUUAGAGCAGAUGCUCAUCCUUCUGCAGCUGGUGGAAAGAAACACGUUGAUUGCAUGCACUGGUGCUUACCGGGGAUUACUGAUACUUGGAAUGACUUGUUCAUUGCACACCUAAGUAGCAUCAAGGUACGUUACUGAUUAUCCCUUUCUAGUUAAUGACCAUGUAGAAAUUGAUUUUUUUUUUAAGUAUCCUUUGUACGUGGUGUAUGUGACAUAUAGAUUGUACAUUUUAUAUUAUUUUAGUGGGAUAAGUUAGGAUCCCUUCAUUUUCCUAUU